CUGAGCUACGAGACAGGAGAAACAGAGAGCAGCAGGCCUGCCAUCAGGGUGAUUUGCGCUGCUUAAGAAAGGCUGUAGAAAAAUGGGAAAAGUUUGUUCAGGUCCAGAGAGAAAAGAAAAGCAGGCUGGAAGAGGUUCAGAGUUGGCAUGAAGUUAAACUUCUAAAACACUCCUUUGUGGCCUGGAAGAAACACCACCUGCAGAUGUCUCAGAUCUAUGACAAUGCAGAGGAGCUUCACAAGCAGCACACUCAGUGUUUUCUCAGAGUGGCGCUUACUGAGUGGAGGGAAAAUGCAGAGCAGCGAGCAGAGAUCCGGCUCGAAGAGCAACAAGCACAGAAUCACUUCGAUCACUCCCUUCAGCUUAAGGUGUUUCAUACGUGGAGAGAAGCAACAACACUUGCGGUGUCAAAGCGCUUCCAGCAGAGGGAAGCACUAAGCAGGGCUCAGCAGUCUAUAAAUGAAAUGCGGUUGCUGCAAUUUUUCAGACGAUGGAGGAAUCGGACCAGGGAGGCUCGGAGGGAGAGGAUAAUCAUGGAAAAAGCCAGGAGACACCAUAACUCCAAACUCCUUUCUAAUGCGCUGAAAGCUUGGAAAGAGCAUCACUACCAGCACCAGAAGAAUAAGGUGAUGAAACGACAGGGACUGUUAUUGCUGAGAUUAAAAAUGUACCAGAUGUACUUUGAGCAGUGGAAAACAAAGCUGCAGCACAGACAGCGAGAGGCGAAGCAAACGGAGAGAGCACUCUGGCACUGGUCCCUCACACUUCAGGCCAAGGUGUUGUAUGGGUGGAGGAUUUGGGUCACAGAGCAGCGGAGAAAGCAAGAACAUGCUGCCAGAGCUGCACUGGUCUACAGAGACCAGCUGCUGAGGGAGGGGGUGACAUGCAUCCUCACAUAUGCCGUUCAUAUGAAUGAUCUCACAACAAACCUAACACAACACAGUCAACUAGAUCACAACACCUCCAGAGAGUUGUUAAACGUUGUGCUGCACGGUGGAAGCAGCGGGCACUGUGCAAACCCCGAAGAGAGCAAGAGACGAGAGGGCAGCCAGCAAAAAGAGUGUGAGCUUCUGUCUGAGCAGUGUUUCAUCUUCUGA